AUGCGCAAAGAAGAAGUUUUUGUGGGAAAGAUACCGUUCACAGGGGGAGCAGCAGCUCUUGGUACCGUGUGCUGGGAUUUGGCAAAUAAGUAUGUCAUCAGCAAUUCAUUUAUUUUAGACGAUCCAGACCUGAAAGAUAUUGACCCUACGGUAUUAAAACAUUGCCAUGCUGCGGCUGCAACAUGUAUUCUGGAGGCAGGAAAGCAGAAAGCCGACAUAUCUGCUAUAAGCACAUGUCUAGAAGACUGUAAACUGGAUAAAGAGAGAAUAGAACAAUUUUGCACCGAAUAUCAGAAAAACAAGGAUGCGUUGGAAAUCCUAUUGGGAAGCAUAGGCAGAUCUCCCCUCCAUAUAACUGAUGUGUCUUGGCGCUUGGAAUAUCAGAUCAAGAGCAAUCAACUUCAUAAAACUUACCAGCCUUCCUACUUGGUGACCUUAAAUGUAGAGAACAGUGAUUCAGGAUCACACCCAGAUGUUAGUUUUAGUUGCACGAUGGAGCAAUUACAGGAUUUAGUUGGAAAACUAAAAGACGCUGCAAAAAGUCUAGAAAGAGCGACUCAGAUGUGAUUGAAGGAAGGUGUCAGCCUGCUGAGCUGAAGUGCUCUCAUUCCUAAGAGUGUCUUCUAAAUGACAAAUGUCUUUCAUCUCUGAUGCAAACUGGUUGGUUUUUUUUUUUUUUAAGUCCUUGGAUGCGAAUUAAAUGUUUUUUAUGACCGCACUUGGUCAUGUCAUUUUUUUUUUAAACUCUUGUUAAAUAUUUGCUUAACUGCCGUGUCUUCAAAGCGUUCCUUCUAUUUAAUUUUGUGUAUUUUUACAAUUGUCACUGAUUAUUUUUCUCUGGGAUCUAAUAAAGUUUAUUAGUUCUG